AGUGACUCAGCCAGUGUGUCUGUGUGUGUAUGUGAGUAAGUGAGAGAGUGACUGAGUGGCUGGUUCUCUUACUCACUGACUGACAGACAGAGAACCUAUGGGGAAGACUUGCCAGUCACACCCCCUAAAACCAGGCGAAGAUAUCGUGUGGACGGACCUACCCUCGCUGACCCUGAAUCCGCUCCGGCUUCCCCCUGCUCUGAUUUCUCUCGAACCCAUUCGAACCUAACCAGGAUCCAGUAGGUUCCUCGUUGUCCACGCUCUCUCCUGGGGCCAAGAACUCUAAGCCAGUGGCGUGCUGCUUCCAUUCUCUCGCCUCUCUCUGUGUCUCUCUCAUUCUUGGUUCUUUCUUGGUCCUUUCUUGGGCCAGAGCUGUGUGGGACAUCAUCGCCCUCAAAUUCCGUCUCGGGGAUGCCGACAGCGGCCUCUCCCAAGCGCGUGUGUGUAAUUGUCUUGGGAGAUUUGGGUCGAAGCCCUCGCAUGUGCAAUCAUGCCGUGUCUCUGGCUAAUCAGGGCUUCAAUGUCCGACUCAUUGGUUAUCCUGGCUCAAACGUACCCACUGGGGUGAGAUCAAAUGCCAACGUGUCAAUCAUCCACAUGAAGCCCUUCCCUUUACCAAGGACGGGAUCGAUUCCUCAAGUGGUGGUGUUUGCUCUCAAAGUGAUAUGGCAAUCCUUGAUGUUAUGUAUGGCACUGCCGCUCUUUUUUGCUCCCCAUGUGAUUCUGCUUCAAAAUCCCCCCACCAUUCCAUGUCUACCAGUCUGCUACUUUUACAGCAAGCUACUUGGAAGCAAAUUGGUCAUUGAUUGGCAUAACUACGGUCAUUCCAUUUUGGCCAUGUCCUUGGCUGAAAAUCAUCCGCUGUUGAAGCUUGCCAAAGGCAUCGAGCGUUUCUUUGGGCCAUUGGCGGACGGAGCGUUUUGCGUGACUGAUGCCAUGAGAAACGAUCUGGAACAGAACUGGCAAGGCACCAAGGCCCUAACGCUUUAUGACCGAGCCCCCGACCAUUUCAAACCCAUUAGUAUAAUUGAAAAGCACGAGUUACUGUCUAAAUUGGCCGUGGAUUACAACGAGCUAGGAUCGAACGACGACGCAUUUGGAACAGCCUUGACUGAACAGUUUUCCAGGACCCGAAUCGAAUUGCGAGAAGAUCGACCGGGUUUGCUCGUGUCAAGCACCUCUUGGACUCCGGAUGAGGAUUUUUCCAUCCUCUUUGAAGCUCUAAAUGCUUACAACAUCGCAUGCCAGGAAGGGUUACGACCUCUACCAAAGCUUGUUUGCGUCAUCACUGGGAAAGGUCCCAUGAAAGAGUAUUACCAGACACUUAUCAAGGCCCAGAACUGGCGAUUUGUCCAAGUGAUCAUGCCGUGGUUAGAACCGGAGGAUUAUCCCAAGAUAUUGGCCACUGCGGAUUUAGGAGUGUGUCUACACACGUCUUCUUCGGGGCUAGAUCUGCCCAUGAAAGUGGUGGAUAUGUUUGGCUGUGGAUUGCCUGUUUGUGCCUUUGCCUUUCCAGCUCUGCCCGAGCUAGUCCUCCAUGAUUACAAUGGAUUAGUAUUCACGGACAGCGAGGAGCUUGCCCAUCAAAUCAUUUCUUGGUUUCAAGGCUUUCCCAAUGAUGGAAGCGAGCGCAGAGCUAAGUUCAAAAACAACUUGGUCCAAUUCCAAUCCCUAAGAUGGGAUAACUAUUGGAAAAUGAAAGCUCUGCCUCUGUUCAAACAGUUGAGCUCUUGAAUUACACGAUUACAUCGCAAGACA